UACCUGCCAACGAAUGUAAGAAUGGAGUGCCCCAUGCGGACCCAGGACUCGAGUGGAGACGGCUGCUUCAAGCGCUGUGAUUGUCACGUCGAGCACAGCGGCGUGUAGUGCCGACUUCCUCAACCCUUAUAUUCGACCCUCCCCACGUCUGUGGAUCGCCAGGUCGAACGACUGCCAUCUCUGCAUCAACCCAAGACUUUGGACAAGCCCCGGUCAAGAUGUUCGAAAGGUUUCCUAAGAUUUACAAUGUCUACUUCUUGGCAAUUGUUGCCACGAUGGGAGGCAUGCUCUUCGGGUUUGAUAUCUCUUCGAUGAGUGCCAUCAUUCCAAGCGAGCAAUAUCUCACCUACUUCGACAACCCAACCGGCGUCGUUCAGGGAGCUAUUGGCGCGGCCCUUGCUGCGGGUUCAGUCGUUGGCAGUGCUAUUGCUGGUCCCAUCUCCGACAAGUUUGGUCGUCGCGAUGCCCUUCUUUUCGCCUGUCUCUGGUGGCUCGUCGGUACUGCUCUGCAGGUCGCUGUCACUGGUCGCGGCAUGCUCAUUGCUGGUCGCGUCCUGAACGGUGUUACUGUUGGCAUCACUUCGUCUCAGGUCCCAGUCUACCUCGCCGAGAUUUCCAAGCACUCGCAGCGUGGUGCCAUCAUUAUUAUUCAACAGCUGGCUAUUGAGUGGGGUAUCCUUAUCAUGUACUUCAUCGGCUACGGAUGUACUUUCAUUCCUGGCGAAUCAGCUUCAUUCCGCACUGCCUGGGGAAUUCAGUUUGUCCCCUGCGUCAUGUUCAUGAUCGGCCUUCCAUUCCUCCCAGAGUCUCCACGAUGGCUCGCAAAGGUCGACCGUACAGAAGAGGCAAUCCACAUACUGGCGUCCAUCCAAGCCGACGGCAACAUCGAGGAUCACUACGUUCUGGCCGAAUAUGAGGAGAUCGUGACUGCUCUCACGGCGGAACGCCUAGCUCCCCAAGGAUGGCGGAAAUUUGUUGUGAAUGGCAUGUGGAAGCGGACUCUGGCUGGUUUCUCCGUCCAGGCCUGGCAGCAACUUUCCGGUGCUAAUGUCAUGACUUAUUACGUCGUGUACAUUUUCGCCAUGGCUGGUCUUUCUGGCAAUACCAAGCUUGUUUCCGCUGGUGUACAGUACGCUCUGUUCAUAAUUUUCUCAUCCAUCAUGUUCUUCUUCGUCGACAAAAUCGGACGGCGGACGCUGCUGGUCUGGGGAGCAAUUGCGAUGGGAAUCUGCCAUCUGGUCGUAGCUGGUAUGCUCGGCGGAUUUUACACAUAUGUUCCUGACGGUGUCGGCGGCGACAAGAACGUUACCAUGGAGGUUAGAGGGUCGCCCGCGUACACCGUCAUCGCAUUCUCGUACCUUUUGAUUAUCUUCUAUGCACUUACCCUGGCGCCUAUCUGCUGGGUCUAUGCCGCUGAGGUCUGGUCAUUGGAGACACGUGCUUCCGGAAUGGGUAUCGCGGCGAUUGGGAACUGGCUUUUCAACUUCGCAAUUGGUUUGUUCAUUCCACCCGCGUUUGUCAACAUCAGAUGGGGUCUUUUCGUCGUCUUCGGAAUACUCUGUUUUAUGGCUGCCGUCCAAUUCUUCUUCACCUACCCUGAGACUUGCGGUAAAACCCUUGAGGAGGUCGAAUUCCUGUUCAGCAAAGAGGGCCCACACGCUUGGCACACCAAGAAGGGCAGCUCUAACCUCGCACGCGACCUGGAGAACGUUGCUGCUGCGCAAGCCAAAGGAGACGCUCUUGCCACUAUCAAUAACAUCGCAAAGAAGGAUAAAGGUGAGACUGAGACAACGGAGGCGGUCUAAGUGGUCUGGAAUGUGCGGUUGUCAGCAUACAUAUCACCAAUAAUGCCAUAUCUGGCUUGCUUGGAACGAACCAAAUUGUUACUUUGGACUCU